CCAACAUCUGGUUUUGCGACUGGCCUGUUCCUCCUAUGACAAAGGGCACUGCUAACCCAGUAUUGGUGGUGGAUCGAUGCCCGUUUUAAGAUGCAGUGGAUCCUGUCCAUCCUCAUAUUCCUGCUGUCUUGGCACGCCGUCUAUGCAGGCACCGCUUGGACCAGUGAAGGGCCCAUCUACCCUCAGUACGCCACACUCGGGGCAUCGAAAGUGGUCCUCUCUUGCCCGGUUCCUGAAGGCACAUCCAGGGUGGAGUGGAGAAACCACGCUUCUUCAGAGACUGUCUUGAAGGGGGUGCAAAAAGAUGGCAGCCUUGUCUUGCAGAACGCCAGCUUGGCCCAGGAAGGCGAAUACAGCUGCCAGGACGCUACCACCGGGCAGAGCCUGCGAAGGAUUCAUCUCCAGCUGGGCUAUCCUCCGGAGAAACCAUCGAUCCGCUGCAGAUCCAUUAGCUACCCAGCGGUCAAUUGCUCCUGGACUUUGGAAACGAAGACCCUCCUACCCACAACUUUCUUGGCCACCUACAGGCACGGUUUAGUGGGAGAAGUGCACGAGUGCAUCCAACCAGUUGCAGGGGGCAACAGCUGCGGUAUUACCGCCCUGCAGAUGUUCUCCACCGAUCCCUAUGUGCUCAACGUGACCGCCGUGAAUCCUCUGGGGACGGCGACAAGCUUCUUUUUAAUCUUCCUGAGUCAGAUCGUCCAGCCGGAUCCUCCAGAAAACGUGAUGGUCUCCCCAGUCCAAGGGAAGAGAAAGAACUUGCUGGUGCAGUGGAAACCUCCUAGUUCCUGGCUGUAUCCUGAAUAUUUUCCCCUUAAAUAUAUGAUCCGUUAUUCAAGGGAUGGAUCAAGCAUUAGCAGAACGACCAGGCCCAUCGAGCAAACCUUCUUUAUUCUGUCCGGGAUCCGUUCUGGCAUAACGUACCACAUCCAAGUAGCCGCGAAGGACUUCCUGGAUAAUGGGGAGUACAGUGCCUGGAGUCUUCCGGUGUCUGGCGCAUCCUGGGAGCCAGAGUGAGGAAUUGGAGCCCUGCAUCCCAUGGCAAGGAAGAAGCUCUUAGAGUUGUUCUUCCUCUUGUGGUGGUGAAGCUUAUUCAUACCCAGUGCCUUCAUCAAUGUGGGAUUCCCACAGAGUCUGGGUGGCCAAAUGUGGUUUUUCUUUCCAAUCUGUCUCCUUCUGGUUCUUUUUCUAUUGACUGAUUACAUCCCAUCAAGUUGAUGUCGACUCCUAGUGACCACAGAGAUAGAUUUCCCCCAGGAGGAUCUCCCCCUAACUUGGUCCUUCAGGUCUUUC